AUGAUCUUCGGCUUGAUGGCACAACAUGCGAUGCGAAUGGGCAAUCCGAAUCAACAGCUCAAGAUCAUGCGGAUUUGCCACCUGAUUCCCUCCUUCCAAGCUUUCUCCUACGCCGCCAUCUGCUUUCCAAACUCCUGGGUCUACCUACAAGGAUUUACCGAGGCGUUUCAAGGAAUCGCCAUCUACGCCUUCCUCAUAAAUGGUCUUGACUUCUUGAACUUGACCUGGUGGUCUGUUCUGCAAUACCCGGUCGUCGCCAUUGUCACUGCCUUUGCUCAGCUCGCAACACAGGCGGCGAAGGUCUACUGUGUUGAAAGCAAUCCGCCCAAGUUUGCUCAUAUCUGGCUCCAAGUACUGAUAGCUCUCUCGACCUCGGUGGCCGUCAACGCCAUCCUCCAAUUCUACAUGCACAUGAAGGGCUACAUGAAAGAACACAUCCCGCUCCUGAAACUGACAAUCCUCUUCCUAAUCCUCGCCGGCGUCCAAGUCCUCAAAGAAACCAAAAUACUCUCCUACGCCGACGUUCACAUGGGUAUCCCAACAAUGGUCAUCUGCGUGGAAAUGGUUCCCCCAUGCUUCCCCGUCGUCUACGCCUGCAGUACCAAGCCCUACACAAUCUCUCACAUGCCACGCCUCAUCAAGCCAGGAUCCUACCACCCCCUCGGCGAGGAUGGGGAUCAACAGACGAUGCUGGGUGGUGAACUGAAGCGGUAUCAGGGAAGUUGA